AAGGAAACGAAAAAAGACCCAAAUUGGUACGCAGAAGUCUCACUCACCCCUUUCUCUCUCUCUCUCUCUCCUCCCCCCCCUCUUCCUCUCUCUUCAUGUCCAUUCUCCCUCAUACACUGUAUAUCCAUACAUGGCUUUGCGUAAUGAGUUGGCCCUAAAUCUCGUUCCAUUUCUGGAAUUUCUGAGCUCAAUCUUCUUCACUUUCAAUCGAAAUCAAACAGUAUAAGUACGUGGAUCUGUGUCGACUGUUCAGGAAAAAACAAUAAAUUUUACGGACUAGGGUUUUCGGAUUGGUCGCUGUCCUCUCUCUCUGUCUGUCUCUCUGAUGCCAUUGGUUUCCGUCUUGAGAUGGUGUGAUUUUCCACCCUUCAUUUUGCAAUACCUAUUUAUUCUGUUCUGUGCGUGGAGUUCAUCUUAGGGUUGGGGGUUUCUCUAUUCUGAAUUAUUUGCUCCGAAUGCUUAACUUAGUUGGAGGUCAAGUUUCAUCAUUGGACGUGAAGCAGUCAUGGACGAGGGGACUGAAAUUGAGGAUCGGGUGGAUCUUGACGAUGACAAUUACGAAGAGAUGGAUGAUGAUGUUGAAGAACAGGUAGAGGAUGAAGGAGCGGGGGAAGUUGGCGAUGAAACUGGUGAAGACCAACUUGAGGACUUGAAAAGUGAGGAUAGUGGGAGAGAACGUUCGCCAGAAUUAGAUGUGGUUGAAGCAGAUAGAAGCAUCAUUACUGAUGAACCCGUGGGAGAUAAAGAAAAGCAGACUGCUUCGAUUGACGAUGAUGAUGAGAAGAAGCGUGCCGAACUUCUUGCCCUUCCACCUUACGGGUCUGAAAUUUUCAUUGGUGGGCUUCCUCGUGAUGUUUCAAACGAUGAUUUGAGGGAUCUAUGUGAACCGUUUGGCGAUAUUUUUGAGGUAAGGUUGAUGAAGAAUAGGGAUACUGGUGAAACUAAGGGUUUUGCUUUCGUAGCAUUUAAAGCCAAGGAGGUUGCACAGCAGGCCAUUGAAGAAUUGAACAACAAAGAGUUCAAGGGAAGAACAUUAAGGUGUUCACUUGCUGAAACUAAACGCCGAUUAUUUAUCGGUAAUCUUCCAAAAAACUGGACAGAUGAAGAGUUUACGAAAGUCAUUGAGGAGACUGGUCCUGGAGCAGAAAACAUUGAGCUUAUAAAGGAUCCUCAGUAUCCAAGCCGGAAUCGCGGUUUUGCUUUCAUUGAGUAUUACAACAAUGCUUGUGCUGAUUUUUCUAGACAGAAAAUGUCAAAUGCCAGUUUUAAAUUGGAUGGAAAUGCCCCAACCGUCAGCUGGGCUGAUCCAAAGAGUACUCCUGAUAAUUCUGCUGCUGCUUCUCAGGUUAAGGCUCUUUAUGUGAAGAAUAUACCUGAGAACACACCCACUGAGCAAGUGAAGCAACUAUUUCAACGCCAUGGGGAAGUUACGAAAGUUGUUAUGCCGCCUGCCAAAUCUGGUGGCAAACGAGAUUUUGGUUUUAUCCAUUAUGCAGAAAGGUCCAGUGCAUUGAAGGCAGUCAAAGAGACAGAGAAAUAUGAAAUUUCUGGUCAGAUGUUGGAAGUUUGUCUUGCUAAGCCUCAAAGUGAUAAGAAGUUUGAUGGCGCUAGUCCCCACAAUUUAGCGCCUCAUCCAAAUUAUAUUCCUAAUCCUGGUUAUGGUGCUUUUCCCGGAAAUCCAUAUGGCCCCCUAGCUGGUGGAUAUGGUAUCCCCACUGGUUUUCAGCAGCCUAUGAUUUACGGUAGGGGGCCAAUGCCAGCAGGGAUGCAUAUGGUUCCAAUGGUUCUGCCAGAUGGUCAAAUUGGCUAUGUUCUACAGCAGCCUGGAGUGCAAAUGCCGCUUCCACGGCCUCGGAGAAAUGACCGGAGCAAUGGAUCGGGUGGACCCCAAGGAAGGGGAGGAACUAGUGGUGGCAGUGAUGAUGCCAAUCGUAACAGAAGGUAUAGACCUUACUAGGAUUAGGGGACAAGUGCCUGUAGUUGAGAGUAAGUUAUGCCCAAAAAUUUCACCAAUUCCAUCUGCCCCCACUUCCAAAACCUCUUUACGCAAAGCAAAAAGACAACUGGAACUUAUUAACUCAGAACCAUGGUGAUCAUGUAUUUUGUUAUUUACUGUAACUGUUUCAGUUUUCAGUGCGGUUCGGAUGCCUUUGUGGUUUAAUGUCUCCGGUACCAAUUAUAUUUGAUGUAGGAAUGUCUACUUCUGCUACCAGAUGCUUGUACUUUCCAGAUUUGAGUACAACUAAAUUACUUUCUGGCUAGAAAAUAAUUUUCUGGUUGUUAUCCUCCCUUAAAUGGAUACCAAGAUUUAUUCUC